AUCCCGCCAAAGGAGAAGCUCCCUUCCCCGGGAAGGGGCAAAAAGGGGCCGGCGGGCUGAGGCCAACCAGCGCAGAAAGGGCCUGGCAGCCAUUACUGUAGCGGUGGCGGCUCUGUCACGCCCCUGAAGCCGCUGGCCCGUGGGUGUGUCCAGCUCAGGAGCGGCCCUGCGUGUUUUUCCCCCGUGGCCGUCGCGGACCCCCGUCUUCCAAUAGUGGUGCGGGCGGGGCGCCCCGUCCUGGGUUCGCGGCAUAGCCCCGCCCGGGCCCCCAUGCAGAACAGAAGUACUGGACCCUUUUUUUUUUUUUUUUUGAGACAGAGUGUCGCUCUGUCGCCCAGGAUAGAGUGCAGUGGCGAGAUCUCGGCUCACUGCAACCUCCGCCUCCCGGGUUCAAGCGAUUCUCCUGCCUCAGCCUCCCGAGUAGAUGGGACUACUAGCACCCGCCACAAUGCCCGGCUAAUUUUUGUAUUUUUAGUAAAGACGGGGUUUCGCCAUGUUGUCCAAGAUGGUCUCGAACUGCUGACCUCGUGAUCCGCCCGCCUCGGCCUCCCAAAGUGUUGGGAUUACAGGCGUGAGCCACCGCGCCCGGCCCCGGACCCUUCUUUAUUGGCCUCAAAACAGGUCAUUUUGGGAAGCGGCGCGAGGCUGGCCGCGCUUUCCUGGGCCCCGGCCCUCCCCAUGGUGUUUACGGGGAGGCGAACGGGGAGCCCAGAGGCUGCGAGCCUGGCCUGGACCCAGGAGCCAGGGGUAUCCCACAAGUCCCGGAGGCUCUGAACGCGGCGCUGACGCCGAAUACCUGUGAAAAAGACUCGGGGAGGAGACCCGCAGACGGCCGGCCUUCCGCCGCGGGAAGCGACCCCCCCGGCCCCCACGCCCCUCACUGCGCCUGCGCCUGCGCCUCGCGCGCCGACUUCCAGUCCCAGCAGGCGGCGGGCGGGGGCGGAGCCUCCGGGGAGAAUUCGGGGGAGGGGCGGGGCCUCCGGGAAGCAAUCAGGGGAGGGGCGGGGCGUGCGGGGAGUGGGGCGGGGCUCCCGGUUCCAGGCGAGUUCGCAGCUGCGCGCCGGGUCCUGGAGGCCGAGGCCGCUCCCGCCCGUUGUCCCCGCAGUCCCCGACGGGAGCGCCAUGGCCCAGCCGCCGCCCGACGUGGAGGGGGACGACUGUCUCCCCGCGUACCGCCACCUCUUCUGCCCGGACCUGCUGCGGGACAAAGUGGCCUUCAUCACAGGAGGCGGCUCUGGGAUUGGGUUCCGGAUUGCUGAGAUUUUCAUGCGGUGAGACUGCUCUGUGUCCCUUCCCUGCUCCUCGCUUCUCCCUGCCUGGGCCCUGCUGGAUGCCUGACCCCUGGAAAGAUGUUGGGAGGCACGGCUGCCAUACGGUGAUUGCCAGUAGGAGCCUGCCGCGAGUGCUGACGGCCGCCAGGAAGCUGGCUGGGGCCACCGGCCAGCGCUGCCUCCCUCUCUCUAUGGACGUCCGAGUGCCCCCAGCUGUCAUGGCCGCCGUGGACCAGGCUCUGAAGGAGUUUGGCAGAAUCGACAUUCUCAUUAACUGUGCGGCCGGGAACUUCCUGUGCCCCGCUGGUGCCUUGUCCUUCAACGCCUUCAAGACCGUGAUGGACAUCGACACCAGCGGCACCUUCAACGUGUCUCGAGUGCUCUAUGAGAAGUUCUUCCGGGACCAUGGAGGGGUGAUCGUGAACAUCACUGCCACCCUGGGGAACCGGGGGCAGGCGCUCCAGGUGCAUGCAGGCUCCGCCAAGGCCGCUGUGGACGCGAUGACGCGGCACUUGGCUGUGGAGUGGGGUCCCCAAAACAUCCGCGUCAACAGCCUCGCCCCUGGCCCCAUCAGUGGCACGGAGGGGCUGCGGCGACUGGGUGGCCCGCAGGCCAGCCUGAGCACCAAGGUCACUGCCAGCCCGCUGCAGAGGCUGGGGAACAAGACCGAGAUCGCCCACAGCGUGCUCUACCUGGCCAGCCCUCUGGCUUCCUACGUGACGGGGGCCGUGCUGGUGGCCGAUGGCGGGGCAUGGUUGACGUUCCCAAACGGUGUCAAAGGGCUGGCGGAUUUCGCAUCCUUCUCUGCUAAGCUCUAGGAAUCUUCCGGUCCCUGCUUCCCGCCGCCUCACACAGCCAGGUGGAGAGCACCAAUCUGAACCAGCAAUGCCUGCAGCCCAGCCCCUCCUCUGAACACUCAGCUAUUACUGUGCUUUCCCUCCCCACGGCCCCAACUCCAGGGCAGGAGCAACUGGACAGUGGGCCUGGCCCGUGGAGCUGCCACGCAGGUGUCUGAGGACCAGGUGCCACGCAGGUGGUGGGGGUACAGACAAGAUGCUGGGAUGUCCCCUGCCCCAUGGUCAAGGGUGUCCUGCCUGCCUGGGUCCAGGGCCUGAGGGAGCCACAUGGAUCCUGAAACUUGUGUUCUCUUGGCUGAAAACACUGAGGUGCUCCCAUCUGGGCGUGGCCCAUGAGCUGGGAUGGUCCUCCAGCUGCCCACAAGGUCAGCCCCUCUGUCUCUGCACCACCUGUUUGCAUAAACACACUUUGCUACAAUCUUGCUAGUGCGUUUUCUUAAAGGAUAAUCUAUUUACUGUAAAAAUAAAUUGGACUUUGCAAAAGCUUUUAGAAGGAAAAGAAAGGAUUAAAGAGAAUUGCUGGUGA